AUGGAUGAAGCAGCAUCCACAUUCCGCGCACAGUGGGUCAAUCCAUCAGACUUAUUCUCGAUUCUUUUAAUUAUUGGCGGAGAUGUUAUUGGUAUUGCUCUGGCAGCCGUCUCGGGCGGUCCCAUUACCCCAGUCACCUUCUCGUUCGGAUGGGUAUCGUACGCUAUCUCGGCGUUACUCACUGCUCAAAGCGAGGACCGCCUAAUGCCCCCGGCCCCUGACACUUCGCUCCGGGUAAUCAACAUAGGCACGGGGUAUAUGCGGUUCAACCGAUCCUGGACUUUAGGGCGGGUGUUUCAGAACUAUGAAUACUGGAUGCCAGCAGAAGUGGAACAACGGCUGCAAAACCACCCUGUCCUAUACCAGGACGAAGAAGCUGGGCUCGCAGACACAGAUGUACCAGGAAAGGCCACGGCAACGACAGAAGCAUACCCCAAUCCUCGCAAAUUUGUGAGCCCCUACCAGGCGCGUCUCUGCGUUAGUGUUUACGAAUGGGCACUGGAUGGGCCAAAUGCUGUGGCAAAACCUGGUUAUGACUGGGUAUAUUGGCUGGGAAUUGUCGUGACAGUGCUCCAACUAGGUAUCAGUGCGAUACCAUUUGGCCUGCACCAAGAUUGGAGUAUCUUCCUGGUGACAGUGGCCGGGACCAUCCUGGCCUAUGCGUCUGGUGCACUGCCACAAUGGCGAAAGGAGAAAUGGGCGUGUCGAACUUUAGAGAGGCGCAAGGAUGUCGCGUUGACGCUUGGUAAUGGCACACAGCAUGUGGUCGUGGUGCUGGGGGCAAAGGGUGGACUGGAUUUGGAAGACAUGGCUGGGGGACAGUUGAUGGACGACGGGGAGGCGCGGGCACGUAGGGGGCGAUUGAUGCAACUGAUGAGCCCCGGCAAUACUACGCGCAUGAUGACGUUCCUGUUAGCGGUGUUGUGGCUCAUGCUUCUCCUCACCAGCACAGGAAUCCAGGAACACGCGUGGUAUCUACUCGCGGUGGGUGGCGCUGGCAUGCUACAAAAUCUCAUCACGGCCGGAGCUCCACGUCAGCCGGCGAUGUUAGGGGUUCCAGUUCGACUGGCUAUGCGCCCGAAGCCAGGGACCGAAGGAAGUCCGAUACCCAUGGUCUUUGCCGAAUUCAAGGUCAUGCAUACACUGAUGGAGCUCGAGUUAGAUCUCAAAGGAGCUGGUCGAGCUCUGCUCCCAGAGUUCUUCCCUGGCGGCGGUCUACAGCCGUGGGAGGAAAAAUGGUGGUCCAGCAAUGAACCGGAAAUUCGACGCGAUCUACUACGGGCGGCGAAAGAAAAAGAAUUUAACAAACAGAUGCGCAGGACGCAGGUUGGCUGA